AUUUAUUUAAAUUUAUAAAUAAAUUUUCUUGAAACAGUCAGCCAAUCAUGUAUGGACAGCAACGAUCAAUUUCUGCAAAGUGGCAGUUUUAGGCCUAGUCCAAGCCCCAUUUCGUUUCAUUUUGAAACCAUACACCAUGUCGUCACCAAGGAAGAUCAUCCUCCGGAGCUCUGACGGCGAGCCGUUUGAGGUCGACGAGGCGGUGGCUCUCGAGUCUCAGACGAUUAAACAUAUGAUUGAAGAUGACUGCGCUGGUAACGGCAUCCCGUUACCUAAUGUCACCAGCAAGAUCCUCGCUAAGGUUAUCGAGUACAGCAAGAAGCACGUGGAGUCCAGGCUCAUCGAAGCUGCCAACAAUAAGAUUAACCACAACAACACUGCCGCUGAGGAAGACCUCAAGAACAGGGACGCUGAGGUCGCAAAACUCGUUGACCCCUUUCUGCGGGGAGAGAACCAGCACGUUGGGUCCAGGCUCACCGAAGCUGCCAACAAUAAGAUUAACCACAGCAACGCUGCUGCUGAGGAAGACCUGAAGAACUGGGACGCUGAGUUCGUGAAGGUCGACCAGGCCACUCUCUUUGACCUCAUUCUGGCUGCUAACUACCUGAACAUCAAAGGGCUGCUAGACCUUACCUGCCAGACCGUUGCAGAUAUGAUCAAGGGGAAGACACCCGAAGAGAUUCGCAAGUUGUUCAACAUAAAAAAUGACUUCAACCCAGAUGAGGAGGAGGAGGUCCGUCGGGAGAACCAGUGGGCAUUCGAGUAAACUUUGUUCUUAUGAAUAUGUUUUAGUAACAUAUCACUGGAUGCUAUUCUGUUUUAUUAGCAAGUAGUUCAAAUGCUUUCUCUGUGCCAUUGACUUAUAUAACAAACUUACGAACUUCUUAAGAUGUAAAUUAUAGUUUAAUCCAGUGCAGUCAAGCAGCGUAUGGACUUAAUGCCUUGCUGCUAAUCUGCCCCAGGAAUUGUGUUGUUUGAUGAUUUCCUCCAGGAAAAUGUUAAAUAUACUCUUUCUGAAA